AGGGUGCAAAGGGCAAAAGGUCUACAAUUACUGGUUUAACAAGGUCUGCAAAUUUUCUAUUCACGCUAUCGGUGACACCAGUACAAGAUACUUACAAUACAUACAAGCUAUCUCAUUGCGAAGGAGAGUGGACGCAGUGUCUCACGAAAGUGUCUACGACUCAGGGAUAAAAAUCUUGCACAUUUUCUUCCGAGACCCUGGAGUUUAGCGUCCUUCAAUAGCCAGUGAUAAGCAACUUAGCUAUGGCCUUAGUGGUUGACCAAGUCUUGGAGCGAAUUGGCCAGUUUGGCCCGUUUCAGAAGCGCAUUUUGGCCAUGUUUAUGUUUAUUUUUUUCCCGCUGACUUACCAAACUUUGAUCAUGGUUUUCGUCGCUUACGAACCGCCCUGGAUGUGUAGUACAAACAGCAGUGCGUGCUUGCUGUCGAAUUCAACCGGACGGGAAAUCUACAGCACCAGUACUCAGCCAAUAGAGCUGUACCACCGAAGAUGCAAACUCAACAGGACGGACUGGAAGUUUGCAGACCCAGAACUCUACGAAGGACCCGUGCAUACAAUUGUGACCGAGUUUGACCUGGUUUGUGACCACAGCUUCACGGCGUGGAUGGCUAACUCCAUGCUGUUCUUUGGAUGGGCGAUUGGUGCCAUCUUCCUGGGUAUCAUCGCUGAUAAGUACGGCCGCUGCAGCGUCCUCUUCCCGUCUGCCAUUCUUGUAAUGGGUUUGUCCUUGGCCAUGGCGUUUGUCAAAAAGUCGUGGCUGGUGCUGGUGUUAAGGUUCUUUAUUGGGUUCUUCGAGGGAGGAGGAUUUCUGUCCAUGUUUGUCUUGGCGACGGAGCUCGUGGGACCCGCAAAGCGGGCUUUGGCUGGAACCCUUGUGUGGAUAUAUUUUACCGCUGCCCUGAUGGUGCUGGCACUGAAGGCGUUCUUUAUUCGCGACUGGAGCACGUUAUGUAUCAUCUCUAUCGCGCCAUUUGUAUUCAUCGUUCUCUUCUGGAAGUUUGUCCCAGAGUCUGUCCGUUGGCUCCUAGUGACCGGGAGUAAAGGCAAGGCCAGACGAAUCCUAGAAAACGUCGCCCGAGUAAACAAGAAGUCGAUGCCAGAAGAAGAACUUUUUGCCCCACAAGUAGAGCAUAACCGAGGCAUCAUAGAGUUGUUCAGUACCAAGAGAUUGGCCGUUCUGACCUUACUGCAAUGUUACGCGUGGUUUGUAAAUGGAAUGGUAUAUUACGGAGUUUCCAUGAGCGCUGGUGAUUUCGGCGGAAGUAUUUAUCUGAAUUUUGUGUUGACAAGCCUUGUGGAGUUUCCUGCGAAUGUGUUGCUCAUCCAUAACUGCAAUAGGUUUGGUCGUAAGCGAACCGUAGUGGCUUACACUCUAAUCGGCGCCAUCGCGUGCAUCACAGUGUCAUUUAUACCAGCAGGGACGAAUAAUCUAGGAUUUAUUAUCGGUCGCGUCACUGGUGGAAUGCUAGGUAAACUGUGCAUCACUACCUCAUUCAACGGCCUAUACGUGUUCUCCGCUGAGCUAUUCCCAACAAUGGUCAGGAAUAGCGGGAUGGGUCUCCUGUCCGUCAUUAGUCGUGUCGGGGCGGCACUUGCUCCGUUCGUGGUCCAACUCACCCGGAUAAACGCUAUUCUCCCGUUCGCUUUGAUGGGUGGCCUUACUUUUCUUGCCGCGCUUGCGUGCUGGUUCUUACCGGAAACGCGAGGCAAACCCACGCUAGAGGUCAUAGGAGAUGAUGAUCCGCACAUCCUCGAAGAAGUUGUUUUGGAAGCACCAUUUGAGGAAAAACCGCUGGCCAACGGCACUGCCGCCCCGGACGCAGAACAAGAGGGGGACUCGGUGCUAGCAGCGGACAAGAUAAACCCCGGAUUUGUCGCAGACGGCGAGGCGUGCAAAGAGAAGCCAGAAAACGCAAGAUUACCGGGGGACGAAAUCGGAAAUAAGAACGAGAAACCUGUAGGUGAAGACAAGGAAAAGGAGUCGGGAGACGAGAGCAAAGACGACAUAGAACAAGUAGGAAAAAAAGAUGAAGGACCCGGAACUGAUGCUGAGGAGACUGCUGUCGAGGAUAAUGAAAAAAAAAAUAAUUAAGGAAGAAGAAAAUUUGGGUUUUGAAAAAGAGAACGACACUUUGGAAAAGAGCAAAGAAUCGGACAAAGAGGAAGAUACUGCACUUUAAUCAUAAAUAGAUCAAAGUUAUAAAAAAUACUAUUUAACAUUUUCAAAUACGGUAUAUUGGACGUCACAAAGAGAAAAAGAUUGUAACGUUUUAUAGAAUAUAAUAGAAUAGGAAUAUCCUAGAAUAUUUUCUAACAAAAUGUUUUUAGUAGGCACUUUAUAUUUGUUUUUGUUAAAAACUGUGAUUUAUGGAUCGAUUACAUCAGCUGUUCUCAAACUUUCUUUUAUCCUACUUAUCUUAGCAGUGAUAGUGUUCAUAUUAAUCUUCCUAGUCUAUAUAAUAGUCACUAUUGUGACUCUAAUAUCUACUAUUACCGUUUAUAUGGUAAUGAUAUUGGUGAUACCUAUAUUCAUAGUGGUUAUACUGUUUGUGGUAUCAUUGUUGUCUAUAGGGGUUUUGAUUCUGAUUGCUUUUGUUUUGCCGAUCGUUCUAAUUGCUUUGAAUGUGAUGUGUGUUUUCGUGACCGCUAUUUCUGUUAUAGCUACAUUGCUAGCUGUUGUUGCAAUAGUUGUAAUUACUUUGGCUUUCAUUGUUUGGAUUAGGAAAAUGUACGGCGAAGAGCGGAGUACCCAUGAUGUACAUAAUGUUGAUGUUGAUAAUGUUUAUGAUGAUGAUGAUGCUUAUGAUGCUGAUGAUAAUGUCUAUCCAGAUAAUAACAUUAGUAAUAGUUAUGAUAAAGAUAUAGCAAAGCUGACUGCUAUGGUGGCAAUUUUUAUUGCAUUAUUUAUGUUAUCUAACUCAAUUUAACAAGUUUAGAGACAAAUAUACUUUUCACCAGUUUGUGCAAGCAAUUAUUACUUGUUCAAGAAUCAUGUAAAUCGAUAAAAUAUUUCUGAACACAUUUCUGGGGUUAAUAUACGCUUCACGCCACGCCUCACACAUGUAUCCCGUACUACGUCAAGCUAAGGAUUAUUGUCAGCGGCAUUCUCUUUGAUAGAUUCCAUUUUAACUGAAAAUAAAAAAAGAAAUAAUAAUAAAAUAAAAAA